ACUCAUUUAUUCUCUCGGGACUUGCACCUUUUUUGUAUCUUGCACUUCACAGACGCUCCACAGAAUCUGAUAGGAGUGUGAAAUAUUUGCAGUAAGUGUCAAGUUUGAGAGUGACAGCAUGGCUGAUGGAACUGCAUCUGAGUUUUGAACCAGAGAGAUGACCACGGUGUCCACGGAGCUGGUAGGAGGAGUCCUGACUGAAAGGCCCAAUGCCACCGACCCGCCUGUGAUCUCGCCCGAUGACACAGCCGCCACAUUUACCAUCGGCACCAUCCUGUCCAUCAUGUGCCUCAUCGGAGUCUCAGGGAACAUCUACACUCUGGUGGUCAUGUGCCAUUCCAUGAAAACCGCCGCCUCAAUGUACAUCUACAUCAUCAGCCUGGCUCUGGCAGACCUGCUGUAUCUCCUCACCAUCCCCUUCGUCGUCUGCACACACUUCCUGAAGGGAUGGUACUUUGGCGAUGCAGGGUGUCGGAUUCUCAUCAGCAUGGACUUCCUGACCAUGCAUGCUAGCAUCUUCACACUGACAGUCAUGAGCACGGAGCGAUAUUUUGCUGUGCUCAAGCCGCUCGACACCGUCAAGCGGUCUAAAAGUUACCGGAAGGCCAUCGCCCUGCUGGUGUGGGCCGCUUCUCUCAUCCUGACGCUGCCGAUGAUCGUCAGCAUCCAGCUAAUGCUCGUGGGCAAAAAGUCCAUGUGCCAUUCCACAUUGUCGCCGCUCUCCUACAAGGUUUACAUCAGCUUCCUGUUUUGCACAAGCAUCGUGGCUCCAGGCCUGAUCAUUGGCUAUCUCUACAUCCAGCUCGCACGCACUUACUGGGUUUCACAGACGAAGACCUUCAAGCAGUCCAACAAACUUCCCAAUCAAAAGGUGCUGUACCUGAUCUUCACCAUUGUACUUCUUUUCUGGGCUUGCUUCCUGCCCUUCUGGAUCUGGCAGCUGCUGGGUCAGUUCCAUCCCUUGCUGUUGCUGUCCAACAAAGCCAAGCGCAACAUUAACUACCUGACGACGUGCCUGACGUACUCCAACAGCUGCAUCAACCCCUUCCUCUACACGCUCCUCACCAAGAACUACAAGGAGUACCUGAGGAAGCACAAGCGGUCCUGGUCAGCUGGAAACUACUUCAAGAGGAGGGGGCGCUCAUCCCACAGGUCGCUGUCAGCCAGCAGUCAGCACUGCACGGAGAGUUUCAUGCUCACGGCCUCUCUGCGCGCACAGAACAGCAGUUUGUGAGAUGGAAUUCUGCUGGAAGAGGCACAAAGAAGACGACGAGGAACAAAGAAGAAAACGAGGAACAAAGAAGACGAGGAACUCUGAGCUCUUCUGGAAAACUGGAUAUGAAGAUGACUUUUUUUCCCCUCGACUGAACAGAAGCAGGAACUGAACAAAAAGCUGCUCACUGUUUGACACGUGGAACUCAGCGUCUUACCUAA